AUGCAUCGAGAUUUACAACCUGGCAAUAUUUUGCUAAAAGAACGAUAUGAAGCUUAUAUUAAUUUAGAUUCAUCAACAUCACUUGAUGAAAAACAAAAUAGUCAUGUUUAUGGAGUUUUGCCAUAUUUAGCACCUGAGGUCUUGAAAGGUGAACA